GUGCGAUUCUCUCUUCCCGUGACGUCACGUCAUCGACACCACGCCUGGCAGAGCUUUCCACAGCUUCGAAGAUAGCCAUGUUUCCUUUCAACAUGUAGAAUUCUACUUUCGUAACAUUAAUUCGCCUCCAUUUUUUUGGCUUCGACCUGAAGCGAUAGAAGAAAAACAGACAAAAACAAAAAAAAACAAGCACUCUUAUAACCAAUUCUUUUGGCUGUCUGCUUAAACACCAUCCCGAGACUUACCAACAGAACACAACACAGACAUCAAAAUGGUCUCAGCCGAUCGUCAUACAGCUCACAGCGCUCUUCACCUAUCUGGCUAUGCCAUUUCCGGUAUAGUCUUAGUCUGCAUAAUAGCUCUUGUUGCCAUGACAGCUGUGGUGUAUAAAUGCUACCGCAGGCGUGUCAUGCAGAACGCCCAAAACAGGCUUUCGUCGGCCAUCAAGAAAGGAUUGCAGGAGAGCAAUUCCGGCAGCUUCAAGAAGAACAUGAGCGUCAGAAACACCACCAAAGUCAUGAAGUCAAAAGGCACCAGUCCAAUAACGCCCCCAGGAGGUGAAGGAAGCCUGGAGAGGAUACCCAUGAUGGGGUUCUCCGCCGCCGGCCAUGUAACAGACCCGGCCCAUUGCGUGAAAGCUGAGAUGCAUAUAGAAAACGAGAAAGACGGAGCCACCCCAGAAAAAGAGGACGCCCUGAGGGAGCGCGCCGUCACAACCCCAGAGAGGCCCACCAAGCUGGGAAACCUGACCUUCUCAGUGGACCACGACCAGCAGAAAUGUGCCCUGAUUGUCACUAUCGUAAAAGCAGACGAGCUCCCACCGCGUGACCCCAGCCUAGGAGGCUGCGAUCCUUACGUCAAGCUGCAGCUUCUCCCGGAGAAGAAACACAAGUGCAAGACGCGAGUCCUCAGGAAGACGCUGUCUCCGACUUACGACGAGACGUUCACAUUCUAUGGGGUGACACCAAACCAGAUCGCCAACACGACUCUUCACUUCGUGGUCUUGAGUUUCGACAGGUUCUCCAGAGACGAGAUCAUUGGUGAAGUCAUCUACCCGCUCUCCGAGACAGACGUAGAGAAUAAAGAAGCCUCCAUAACAAGAGAGAUUACCCCUCGUCAUUUAAAGUAUCGCAAUCAAGGCCGCGGUGAACUGCUGGUCUCUCUGUGUUACCAGCCAGCGGCUAACAGACUCGGCGUGGUGGUGCUCAAGGCUAGGAAUCUGCCCAAGAUGGACAUCACUGGACUCUCAGACCCUUAUGUUAAAAUCUACUUGCUGUACAAUGGUCAAAGAAUAGCCAAGAAGAAGACACAUGUCAAGAAAAGAACUCUAAACCCGGUCUUUAACGAGUCCUUCCUAUUUGACGUCCCUUACAAUGAAGGACUCCAGAAUAUUUCACUGGAACUUUUGGUUUUGGACUGGGACAGAAUGACCAAGAAUGAAGUGGUCGGUCGCCUGGAGAUUGGGUCCAAAUGCGAAGGUCAAGAGGCACUUCACUGGAGUGAGGUCAUUAACUGUCCAAGGAAACAGAUUGCCGAGUGGCAUAAACUCCAGGACUAAACAGUAUCACGUGAAAACCCCAACAAUACAACCAGAAUUUGUAACUGUCAACUCUGAGUGGAAGUUGUGGUUGAGUUUUUAUCUCAGUCUCUUAAAAGUGUAAUAAACAUUUACUUAUGUAAUUGUAAUAAACCCAGAUAUAUCCAGAAUGGUAGGAAACAUUGAUACGAUAGGGAAACAUCAACCUAAGAUUUUAAAAAAUUGAACAAAAAAUAACACCAAUCUUUUUUUUUUCCUACAGUAGUUCUACUUUUAAACAUUUGAAAAAGAAAUAUAAACUACAAAACCUAAAUUCUGGACUAUACAUACUACACUUGCUUAUAAAAGACCGUCUAUUCGUCUUAUGUAAUAAUAUCUAAGCUUAGAAACAAACAUAAAAAUUGAAAUAUAUAGACAAUAUUAAUUUAUUCAAUGCUGUUUGCUCAUUUAAUAUUUAUAGCAUAAUAAUUAAAACACCACUGAAACAAAUAUGUAUACAAUGUUGAUUCCAACCUUGUGAAAUUCUAACAAUCUAAUAAACUUAAAUGAAUACAGAAUUUUGACAUUUGUUAAUAGCUUUUUUUUUUUUUACUAAGCUUGAUGAGAGUUUAAUAAAAAUAUAAUUAUUCGACAGUACUAAAGUUUUAAUAUCAAAGUAAAAAAGAAAUGUGAAAAAUAAAAUAAAGUUGCUGAUACGUGUUUAUAUAUACAUAUAUAUUGUGCAAGUUCUCAUUUUUAACACACACAUGAAAAAAAAAACAACCUGGUCAUAAUUCAUAGAGUCUUCUGCCGACAUAGAAUGGCGGUUAAAAUUAAUUUGUGAUGUAACAACUUGUUAUGUGUGAAUCAAAAAAAUAAAAAAAAAUCAACCAAUACCAUGUUAUGUGUGUAUCUUAUUCUGCCAGUGCUUAUGUUGGUACAGUUUUAGUGUCUGGACUAUUCUUAUACAUGCAUUUUUAUUUAGAUCACUCAUUUACAUGAUGUUUUUCAUAUCACGUGACUCAGUUGUCAUCUUUUCUGUCUUUUUUUUUUACAUUUUGGGUAAUUUCUGGGGUUUCCGAACCAAUAUUUGUGUGACUUAUUGCUAGACUUGGUUGAGGCCUAAAUGAUAGUAACGUAAAUUGAGGGGAAAAAAACAAAAUCCAAAAGCUUCUUAGUGUGAGGUCUUAAAAACUGCUCCUUCUUUUCUAGUGCUAUUAGGGCAUGGAAUGGGUUGCCUGAGUCAGCCAGGAAAACCAAAUGACUUGGCAGAAUUUAAGUCCUUGAUAACACGUAUGACUAAAUUGAAACACGCGUCGUACGUAGUCAUCGUAUUUAAGUAUCGUCUGUAUUUCAUAAGAUAAGAUAAGCAACUUCUUAACUCUUUCUCUCCGUAAUUAUUUACCACAUUCUGGUGGAGUCAACGUUGGUAUCGUCUGUUAGAAGAGAAAGAGUUAAUAGAUCUAGUGCUAGUCGAUCAACAAAAUUAGCCAGGGAAACCAACGACUUGGCAAUUUAAUCAUUAAUAUGCAUGACUACAUUGACCUAGCUAAAAACGUAUUCAUCUUCUUAUUUUGAAGUAAACUCUGUAUUUUUUUUUUAGAUAAGAUAGAUGUUAUAUAAUCAAGUCACCUAACACACCAACUGUUAAACUAGCCAAGACUAAAUCUGCACACUAAUUAUUUUAGAUCAUAGUCACUUAAGCACUUUAGUCCAGUUUAAAAUAACAACCUGAUCUGUUUAAUAUCUGAAGCGAACUCUCUUCGUGUCAUACAUAUCCGAAUUAUUUAAUGCACUGAACCAUAUAAUGUAACUUUUUUUUUUUUCAUGAAAUAUUUUAUAAGAACUGUCUCCAUUUUUAACAGAUUUUUUUAAACAAGUGUUUAAGUUUGUUUUCUUUUAAUUGCUUUUAUUUUUAUGAAUUAAUAUCUUAAUGUUUUUCUCUUAUUUAGAUAUCUCAUAUCUCAUGUUUCUCUCUUUCUUCUACUUUCUAUUUAUUUUCGCUGUCCUCGUUUUCUUAACCCUUUGAUUACCUCCCAUUGUGUUUCUGCUUUCUUUCCUCCAUGUAUUUUUAGGUUGCAUUCUGUUCUUUGAUUAUAUCAUGAUUCAUCCAAUCUUGGACUCAUCAUAAAGGCUGUGCUGUGUAUAUAAAACCAAAAACGUUGUUUCUGUAUAGUUCAUAACCCACCCCCGCCCCUCCCCUUCCCAUGACCCAACCCUUCACUACGGACCACUGUGUGUAUUUUAAGUAUUGUUAAAAUCACUAGAACAAUGUUAAGCAUGUCUCGUGUUGUACAGUGUUGUUUGGAUUACCGUGAUGGUCGGUUUGGUUUUUUGUUUGUUUGUUUGUUAUUAUUUUGCUCAUCCAUUGUUCAAAGUAUGGCUUAAACUAUGUAACAAAAGCGUCAAGCAAGCUUCUUUGUUUACCACAAGCUUUUUUUUUUUU